AUGAGUACCAGUUAUGGGGGGACCAGCCUUGUGGUUUACUAUGGAUUAAAGGCAAGCCGGGUGCUAGAAGAGCUACUAGCAAGUGCUAUCAUAGCAUCGGCAACCCAUCAACAAGUGACUCUUUUUGUCAACGCUCUUGAUGAGGCCGAGGCUGAGUCUGCUCAACGGCUAGCAGACUAUUUCCAUCACCUGGUUAGCAAAGCCAAGGAAAAGAACGUGGCCCUUAAAGCCUGCUUCUCAUCUCGACACUAUCCUAUCAUAGGAAGUGACCAUGCUCUAGAGAUAAAUGUUGAAGACCACAAUCAAAAAGACAUCGCCUUGUAUAUCGAAGACAAGCUUAUUGGCAUGAAGGUCUAUACCGGCUCAACUAGACAAAUAACGAGAAGAGGAUUGGUGGAGGAAUUGACACAACAGGCCAACAGGGUGUUCCAAUGGGCUCGUCUUACAAUUCCCCUGAUCAAGCAGAAGAUUCUUGAAGGGGAAUCGAUUGAUGAGAUUCGUGAUUGGUUGCACGAUGUUCCAGCUGGCCUGGAAGAUGUGUAUGUGUAUAUUCUGAACAACGUGAUUGCAGACGGGAAUCGGGACCAGUCGUUCCUAUUCUUUCAAUGGUUAUGUCUGGCUGAGCGACUACUGACCGUGACGGAAAUGCGAUAUGCAUUAGGCGCUAAGGAUUCUGAAAAAGCGCUUUGUCGAAGUCUAUGGGAGAAGAUUCAUGGCUUUAUCGAGGAUGAUGAGCGUAUGAAGCAAAGAAUAAAGGCUCUCGCCGGUGGAUUAGCCAAAGUAGUCUCAAAUGGCCCCAAACAGCAUCAAGAGACUAUACAAGUAGUCCACCAAUCAGUCAAUGAUUUCUUACGCACAAAAAGACUGGCCCUUUUGUCGUCCUAUACUACCAGUGCUAGUGAUCCAUUGAUUGAUACGGAUAAAAUUAUCUCUUGGUGCCAGGGAACUCUCUACUGA